UGAAUUGUAGUAGAAUUUUUUAUUCAAAGAUCCAAACUAGAUAAUUCUUGUCGUUUUUGGCACCUCGUUAUCGGAAACAACUUGACAAAAAUGUAUUUCACACAAAACUGGCUCAUGCAUGUGUCAUAUUGUAACUGGAAAAUAUUGCCGCUCUAGUUAGUUGCUCGGCACGCAACUACAGUCGCAAAUAUGUCUAAAAGGGAUUAAUUAAAUGAAAAUCCCCAUACUUACAAAGCAUAUUCAUAAAGCCCUUAACGUGAAACCAGUAGUUUUAAUGUGUUUCUUUAGUUUUUUUUUGUAAAUGCCCGCUUCAGUUCUCACCUCCUACAGCUUGGUUGUUCAUUAUUGUACCUUGUGGUAAAGUAACUUUAAUUAGGCGGGUUGAAAUUUGUCGUCACCAUAGAAAGCACCUCGAGCCUCAAAGGCCGAAAGUUUGAUAAUAAAACCUGGUGUUUUUCCAGUCACUUUUCAAUAUGGCCCAACAAACUGUAACUAAUGGUCCUGCAAUAGAUGGUAGCCAUCUUAAAACAGGCCUUACCAAUCCAGCGACGCCGGGCAAUUUACCCUCUGAACCAGUAGCGCAGCCCCAACCAGGCCCUUUUCUGGUACGAUCCCCCUUGAAUCGCUCAGACAGUCGGCAAAAUUUCCAAUAUCGGCCCCCUAUUCCUGCUGGCAGCGGGCCCCAGUCGAUCAACCCAUCUGGGCCUUUUCCCUCAAGCAACCAGUACAUUGCGUCUAGUCCUCAGCAGGCGCGCCCUUUUGCUAGAUCGCCGGUUCCCUCGCAGCCUUUUGUGCAAAGGGGGCCCCCUUUAGGACCUGGAGGAACUGGCCCGAGAUUGCCCCAAGCAAAUCCGGGAAAUUAUCCUGCUCAAAAUCAGCAGCCAAGGCCGGUGUUCAGGCCUCAAACUCCUUUUCCGAGAUCGCCUUUGCUAGCGCAAAGGCCGCAAAUCUUUCAGCAAAGUUCGGUGCCAGCUUUCCAGAGGCCCAGGCCUACGUUGGAAGACUCCCUGAAUAGGUCGCAAACUCUGGAUUCUGCAGAGUUGGACAGUCAGAGGUAUGUUGAGGGCGAUCGCGUUCCUGCGGCAGAUCAGAGGCCGCCCUCCGCCGCCUCGCUGGGGCGGAGCUUCAGUGUGAGCUCCUCAAAUCCUACACUGGAAAGGAAACUCACAGGGAGCCAGGAAGCGAUUGCGGUUUCCAGACAAAGCUCCUUGGAAAACGUCAGCACCAAGGAGGAGAAUGUGCCACCCAAACCUGAGUCCCGGCCGGGGUCCAGGAUGGGAAAAAUCUCAGAAAGUGAGGGCAAAACUGAGGUGAUUCGUGCCGCGGAAACUCGAGGAGAAGUUACAAAUGGAGACACCCCCAAAUCCCCCAAAAGAGAAUCCCCAGUUCAGGUUGUUAAUAAUCCUCCGCCCAAGCAGGAGGAGCCGAAGCAGGAGGAGCAGAAAAAACCCGAACUGGAUUUGAAUCUCAAGUCGAAGAAGGGCGACAAUGACAGUGGUGUAGACGAAUCAACCCAAGGAAAUGAUCAAUCCUGCAAUGGAGAUUCGCGAUCGCCAAGAAAACCCAGCAAAUCCCGAACGUCUUCAACAACCCCCACCAAAGGCCGAUCGCUAUCCAGAGGCUCCAAAACCCCCUCCAGCCUGCAGUCGCCCGAUUCAGCCGCCACCACUCCUGGAUCGACUGAAAAGAAAAAAGUUCCUAUGAAUAAGAUCCAGGUGGGGUCGGCGCCGUCUCCUAACUUGAAAGUGGUCAAGUCCAAAAUAGGGUCCCUAGACAAUGCGCACUACAAGCCAGGAGGAGGCAAAGUGAAAAUCGAGAGCAAGAAGUUGGACUUUAAGAAGGCGGCACCGAGAAUCGAGGCUAAGAAUGAUAAGUACGUGCCCAAAGUUGGGGAAAAAAAGGAGGUUCAAUCGGCCAGAAUCGAGCGAACCGCUCCGGCCACAUCAAGAGAACUCUGUUCGGCUCGAAGUGCUCAGGGCAGCACUUCUUCAAGAAAAAUAAUCACUCAAAAACUGGAAUGGAACGCCAAAUCCAAGAUCGGUUCUCUGGAAAACGCCGCCCAUAAGCCGAAAGGCGGCGACAAAAAAAUCGAAUCAGUCAAAUUAAACUUCAAAGACAAGGCGGCUCCUAAAGUAGGCUCCAAAGACAACAUCAAGCACCAGCCGGGAGGCGGCGAUGUCAAGAACUCUGGAAAACGCACAGAGUCUAAUUUGCGAUCAAAUUGUAUUGAAAGCAAGAAAAUCGAAGUGAACGUGACCAGCAAAGUGGGAUCUCUGGACAAUGUGAAGCACAAGCCAGCUGGAGGCGAGAAGAAAAUCUUCGACGAUAAGGAAUAUUUGAAGCAGCGCAAGUCUGAUAAGUCCAGCUUGGAGCAUUCUUUGUCUGGAUCACAGCAUUCGAUCCAUUCACAAGAAUCGAGAGCACCAGUAGCAGACGAAAAUCUUAAUCAGGAGCACUAAAUGCAGCCCAAACAAUUUUUGUGAUUCACUUUCGAUUAUCAAUAAUUUGCCUGUAGUUUGGCGGAACUUCCCAAUCAACAUUGAAGCGAUGAGUCUACAGUUGCUGUAGAUUCGUAGCCGAAGCUGUAGUGGGAUUCUCUAUAUAUGUAGCUAGCAAAGAAAUACUAAUAUUUUUUAAAGCAACUGUAAUUUUUGAGUAAAACGACGCAACUUUGUCACUUAGUCAGUUGGGAUUGUGUCGAAAUAUCAGCUGUGAAUCCAGUAAUAAUUGCUAAGUAUUGUAGUAAUCGAUGUUAGCAUAGAUUUUAGCCAUGUAAGACACUCAGCAAUUUUCUUUGACACCCAUUUCUGAUGCGAAUCAGGAAGCACUUUAGUAACGAUAAUUUUUGUAAUUUUAAGUAUCAGCACUGAUCACUUUCGUGGAACGUUGGAGCCCAAUUUUUUGGUUUGAAUUGUGUAAAUUUUCGAGGAGAGAUGUACAGGGCCAACAAAGUGACUGACAAAUUUUAAAAAUUGGGUCCUAUCCAGGUUUUUCCCAUUUAAUUAAGUUUAAGUGCACGAGACCAGGACGAAGUCAAACAGGGUUUUAGAUUCCAAAAAUGCCCCAGGGGCUACGCCCCUAAGCUUCGAAAUGUUAUUAAUUUGAGCAUUUUUUCACCUUCCAAGUAGUGCAUGUAACAUGCCAUAUCCUAAUUUAGUUGGGUAAUUGUACUUUUAACACCCUUACACAGUUUAGAAGCGUUUUGUUAUGUAUCUUACUAGGGUAUGGAGGAAAUAUAUAAUUUAUUAAAUUA